GAGUGACAUUGAAUUAGGCAACGUUGACCGUUCGUACAGUGUUUAUAAUUUAUUUUCGAUUGUCGGCCUUUUACGAUUCGAAAAAAUUUAAUUUUUUUUAUAAAAUUCACGAUCAAACGGAUGUAAAUCAACUGUUGAAAGUUUAAAGCCGCAACCGAUCUCAAAAUGGUUGAAUAAUUUUUGAGCCAAUUUGAACAUUGUAGAAACGAGUGUAAGAUGAAUCCAACUGACUACGGUAAUGGUAUGCUAUGGAUGGGUCAAUUCGCCCCAGAUCGAAUGAUAUUGGAAGACAAUUCUAUGCUAUCAGUCGGAAUGUCCGUCAUGGAUGAUAUAACGCCACAAACCCACUCGAUGGAAAUGAACCCGGGCAUUGUCAGCGAAUAUACUGCUGCCACAGCGCCCGGACCAAUUGCUAGAUUACCGCCCGAUAUUUUUCCGAUCACAUCACAGCAUCAGUUCACCCAACAGCAGCAGCAGCAGCACCAACAACAACAAACCGUACUGGAUGCGUACGGUGAUGUGGGUGAAGAUGAUGACAGUAUGCAACAGUACGAGGAGGAACAGGACAUGGACCAAGGACAAUAUACGCAAUUCGACAGUGAUCCGGAUAACAGUAACAACAGUUACACAAUACAGAAAUCCAUGUCAACACAAACCAGCAAAAAGAUAAAACCGGUCAAACGACCCGGAUUAGUUUUGAAAACGCCUAUCGCAUACCAACCAUGUUUAGAUCCUUCUGUUAUUCCAAUCCAAAGAGAUGGCAUGGCUGUAUGCGAAAGAUGUGGUGCCAUUGGUGUAAAACACUCAUUUUAUACGAAAGAACGUAGAUUUUGUAGUAUGGCGUGCGCCAGAAACGACAUAGACCAAACCUAUAACAAGCAACAGUUCGUGAAUUCACUGAAUGCAGACUAUAACAAUGGCAACAUGGAGGCCGGUGACGUUGACUUCGAAAAUCAAACAAACAAUUCACAAGUGCAAAGCUAUCGCUUUAAAAUGACGCCGCAGCCGAACGCCAACCAGGACGGCGUUCUAUACAAAGACAUAUUGCCACAAGAGGAGUUGCCACAAAUACCGAAAGGACAUCGGCUGCCAUCGCCGUGCCCUCAAGACGACAAAAUAUUGACGAUUCGACGAAAGCCAUCCGUAUUUUUCAACAGCCACGACUGGACGCCACAGUUGCAGGCCAAUCCAAAUUUUAAUGCCGCAGAUGUGACCUGCUUUCCGCAUGCUCCCGGCUAUGACAUGUGGUCGAACAUCGGCAUCGGCAUGAAAGUUGAAGUUGAAAAUACCGACUGUGAUAAUAAGGGUAUGCAGGGUCUUACACCGUAUUCCUUUUGGGUUGCAACUGUUUAUCGCAUCUGCGGCUACAAAGCGCUACUUCGUUACGAAGGUUAUGACGAUGACGAUUCACACGAUUUUUGGAUAAACUUGUGCUCAUCGGAAGUGCAUCCGGUGGGCUGGUGUGCGACGAGAGGCAAGCCAUUGAUACCGCCUCGAUCAAUCGAAACAAAGUACAGUGACUGGAAAGAUUUGUUGGUGCGUCACUUAUCCGGUGCCCGAACGCUUCCAUCGACAUUUUACAGCAAAAUCAGCGACAGUUUUGUGUCCAGAUUUCGUACGGGACUCAUUCUGGAAGUGGUCGACAAGAAUCGCAUUUCUCAAGUGAAAUUGGCGACCGUGCAACAAAUUGUCGGUAAACGUUUGUUCGUCACAUAUUUUGAUGCACCGCCGGAUGACAAUGGAUUUUGGUGCCAUGAAGAUUCGUCGCUCAUACAUCCGGUCGGCUGGGCCACACUGGUCGGACACAAUUUAUCCGCACCGGAUGAAUAUGUGGAACGAAUGAUUGCCGGUCGAGAGCAAGUCAUCGAUUCCUAUGAAGAAGACGCGGCAUUUGAACUGUUCAAAAUGAAUUUUGCCUUUGAAGAAUAUUACCUCGGUGGAAAAGUGUCCAGUUUCCGUGAGGGCAUGAAACUGGAAGCCAUUGAUCCACUAAAUCUGUCGUCAAUUUGUGUGGCCACGGUAAUGGCUGUCUUAAAGUAUGGUUACAUGAUGAUUCGCAUAGAUUCUUAUGAUCCGGAUGCCUCCGGAGCUGACUGGUUCUGUUACCACGAAAAAUCGCACUGCAUAUUUCCGCCCGGUUUCUGCGACGAAAACGGCAUAACAUUGACAUUGCCGCGGGGCUACGAAAAUGGCAACUUCAGUUGGAAGUCGUACUUGCAGCGAACAAACAGCGUAGCGGCUGGAAAACAUUUAUUCAACGUUGAAUUACCACCGAACAAUUUCACAGUUGGAAUGAAAUUGGAGUGUGCGGAUCUGAUGGAUCCGCGGUUGGUGUGUGUUGCAACCAUAGCAAAGGUGGUCGGUCGACUGUUAAAAGUUCAUUUCGACGGAUGGGAAGACGAAUACGAUCAGUGGCUGGACUGUGAAAGUCCGGACAUGUAUCCGGUUGGAUGGUGUGUCCUUGUCGGACACAAGCUCGAAGGACCGCGAAUUCUGCCGAAAGUACCAGCCCCACCGAAAAUAUCGCCGAGAACGAGGAAGCGACGGAAAAAGAAAGUCAAAAUGAACAACGGGGGUAAGACCACAAAUGCCAAUCUAACCACUCGGAAUACAACCAUUAAAAAAGACAAAGAAAUAUUCGAUCAGCAGCGCUUAUCAAUUAAAUCCUCAACAAAUUCGUCGACAGGUGGAUUGAAUUUAGGUGUCAAAGAUGAACUCGAAGAGUUUAGCGACGACUACGAAGACGAAUAUUCGUAUUCGCUAUCGGGACAAUCAACGCCAGUGCCACCAACACCCGAACCACCGACCAAAACGCCAACGCCCACAAUCACCGCAGAAAUGUUUUUAAAAUCACCGUCGCCGCACAGAGAAAAGAAAAUCGACAAAAACAUACCGCGCCUGAGUGAAUCUCCCGAUCUGACCGAUGUGGAUUGCGUGAAUUGGACGGCCGACGAUGUGGCGGAAUUUUUACGGGUCAACGAUUGUCCGGCCCAUGCGAAUGCGUUCAUCAACAAGGACAUAACCGGGGAAAAAAUGCUUAAACUGACAAAUAACGAUAUCAUCACAAUGAUAGGCCUGAAAGUGGGACCUGCUUUAAAGAUUUUCGAUUUAAUUCAACAGUUGCGAAGUAAAAUGCGGCCACACCAAUCUAGACAAAUAAAAGCGAAAUUUUUAUAAUAUUUUCCGCCCCCGUCUACCACCUCUUAAUUUGACUUUGCAUGGAUGAGUCGGAUGAUGAUGUGUUCAACAAAGAAAGUUAAAUGUGAAUCGGGUACAAGUUUUCCACACAAAACACACACAAACACAGACGAAAAAUGCGAAUCAUUAAACAUCCAACAACAAUGGAAAGUGCAGCUACAAAAUGUUGUAUGUGCUGUACACGAAUGGGAAAUCAAAAUAAUUUGUACUGAUUCCGGCGUUUGUGUUCGUUUAGAUCUAAUUAGAAUUUUGCCUAUAGACCCAGUUUUCGCAGGCCGAUUCGGUGUGGAACAUUUUACUUCAAACACGUAUUUUUAGCAAUUACAUUUUCAGAACGAACAGAAUUGUAAAUUUCUAUAUUUAAUAAAAACAAAUGAAAAAUAUGAAAGCAAA